AUGAUUGUUGUAUUAUACAAAAAUUAUUACUGUACGAAUAGGGAAGAAGAGGAGAGUCCUUCUAGAUCUACUUUUUUAAAUGAAGAUUUAAUUAAUAAAGUAAAUGAUAGUAUAAAACCGUAUUUCAGCUAUAAUCUAAUUAACGAAUUAAAGAUUUUCUUACGAGAAAAAAAUGGGGAAAAUAUUGUUAAACAAAAUAAGCAAGCAGACGCAAAAAAAUUUUAUUCAAAAAAAGAAGUAUUAUAUAUUGAUUUAAAUUGCGAAUAUAGGCAUCUGUCAGCUAAUCAUAAUUUUGUUACA